AUGGCAGUGGUGGUCCUCCUCGCGCUGGUUGUGCUGAUGGCUGCAGGGAUCGCUGCAGUGGCAAUGUACGCGCUAAAACUGCAGCGAGAGGGUCAGGCUGGCCAGCCAACAGCAGCCGUCGAUGCGGGGGACGACGCAGCGGCGCCGCGGGCUGGGCGGCGAGGCGGCAUGGAUCGCAUGCGGGCGGGGCGGCUGAGGCAGCGGCGCGCAGCACAGCAGGCGGCAGAAGCAGACGGCUCCGACGAUGACGAGGAUGAUGAGGACGGCGCUGAUGGCCCAGAGGGGCGCCGCGAGGCGCGCCGCCGCGAGCGCGAGGAGGCGCGCGAGGCGGAGCGGCUGGCGCGUGAGGCGAAGGCCAACAAAGUCAAUGUGUACGAGGAGCGGCGCAAGAAGCGGGACGAGGAGCGCGAGGCGCUGGAGCGCGCGCAGGAGGACGAGAUCCGGCGCGCGGCGGAGGAGCGGCAGCGGCGGGAAGACGAGGAGGCGGCCAAGUGGCUGGGGCAGAUCAGCGUUGAGGAGGCGGGGGUGGACGCGGAGGACGGCGGCGAGGGGGGGGAGGCGGCGGCGGCGCGGUUUGUGGCGUACAUACAGGAGCGGAAGAUGGUGGCUAUAGAAGAGCUCGCGACCGAGUUCCGGCUGCGCAGCGCCGAGGUGGUGGAGCGGCUGCAGUCCCUGGAGGCGCAGGGCCAGCUGACCGGCGUCAUGGACGAGCGCGGGAAGUUCAUACACAUAUCCACGGACGAGAUGCGCGCGGUCGCGGACUUCAUACGGCGGCGGGGGCGCGUGGCCAUAGGGGAGCUCGCCGCGAAGAGCGGGGACUUCAUCGACCUUCAGCCGCGGUCGGCAGGCGCAGCGGCGGCGGGAGCAGGCGCGGACCUGCUUGACUUUGACAGCAUGCGGCUUUCUGGCGCUCAGCCCGUGCGUGGCCUGCGCAGUGUGCUGUCGAGGGCCGUGGAGCAGAGGGAUAGCACCCCUCCCGUCUUGCUGUCCGGCGAGGAGACUGACACUGGUGAGGACCACCUUGCCGCCGACUACUGCUCUAUUGACUCGGCGGGCAAGCGCGUCAAGAGGGGCACCCGCAGCCUGGGCGAGAUGGAGCAGGAGUUCCUCGACGCCAUGAGCGCCUACUACUUCGACGGCAAGGCCGCGAUCAGCGACGCCGAGUUUGAUCUCCUCAAGGAGGAGCUGCUGUGGGCCGGCAGCAAGGUGGUCGUCCUCGACUCCGACGAGCAGCGCUUCCUCGAGGCUGUGCGCUCCUGGGGCUCCGGCAACGCGAUCAUGUCGGACGAGGAGUUUGAUGCUCUGCGCAACGAGCUCCGCACCAAGGGCAGCGUCGUCGCCGCGCAGGGCCCCCGCUGCAGCCUGAGGUCCAAGAAGAUGUACGCGGACGCGUCGCCCGACUACUUCCGCAUGACCGCGCUCAACGCGCCGGCAGCGCUGCUGGUGCUGGGGCUUUUCUUCAGCAUCGAUGACCUGACGGGCUUCGAGAUCACCAGCCUGCUUGAGCUGCCGCCGCCGUACGGCAUCGUGGCACUGUGGGGGCUCGUGCUGCCGGUGCUCUACCUGCUGUCCUCGUCGAUCACUAACCUCGUGCUGCGCGACGGGCUCAUCCUCAGGGGCAACUACACUUACUUCGGCGACAUCUUUGUCGUGCCCGGCAGCCGCGGCGCCAACACCCUGGAGUGCUCCAACCAGGCCUGCCGCGCCGACCUGACCUUUGACUACAACAAGAGGAUCCUGGUGGUGGACCGCACCCCUGAGGACAAGGCGGAGGAGCUGGCCGCCGCCGCUGCCAAGAAGGCCGCGGCGGCCGCCAAGAAGGCGGCGAUGGCGGCCAAGAAGGCGGCUGCGGCAAACAAGGACAGCGCUUGA